AUAAAUAUAUAUGUGUAUGUAUCUGUGCGUAUGUGUGUGUGAACGAGUGUGCAGUUGAUUCUUUCAGACGGCGUCGGAGAGGGGAAAAAGCGGCGAGGGAAGAACCGAACGGCGCCUCAAUUAUUUACUGUUCCCUGUGUUUCGGUAUGGCCUAGGCUACUCGAAGAACGCACAGGUGGUGGCGUGUUACUAAAGUAAUAUUCAGUCGGCGUCUAUUGUGAAAGUUCUAUUCAAGAAUAUGGGUGCUCCUAAACAAAAAUGGACAGCCGAAGAAGAAGCUGCCCUUAAAGCCGGCAUACAAAAAUACGGGACAGGGAAAUGGAGUACCAUUCUAAAAGAUCCAGAAUUCAGCACGGUAUUGCGUGCUCGUUCUAAUGUGGACCUUAAGGACAAAUUUAGGAACUUGAAUUGCAUGGCGAAUGGCAUGGGAUCUCGGAACCGAGCUAGGGUUGCGGUUAAAAGCAAUCCGUUGCUUACUAACAAGCAAGAAGAUGAUGCUACAGUCCGUGAUGUGAUAAUGGCUGAAAAGGAGUCUGAUGUUGUCGAUGGAACUUCUCAUGCAUCAUCUAGUGAAGUAUCUCAGGAUGCGGGUUCUAGAAAACCAAUCUCAAGGUUGGAUGAUCUUAUAGUGGAGGCUAUAACAAAGCUGAAGGAACCUCGCGGAUCCAAUCGCGCCACAAUUGCACAAUACAUAGAGGAGCAUUACUCCCCAAUACCGGAUUUUGAAAAGACUCUGGCUAGAAAUUUGAAGAUUUUGACAGAGAGUGGACGAUUGGUUAAGGUCAAAAAUCAGUACAGGAUUGCACCAAAGUCGGUAUCUUUGGCUGCAGUGAAAGAGCAACCGAUGUUUUCUGCAAAUGGGGUAAAGGGUCUUCCUCCUUCAGAAGCAAAGACAACUCCGAUUGUGCUUCUUACUAAAGCAGAUAUCGACGCUGAGCUAGAGAAGAUGAAGAAGAUGAGUGCAGCCGAUGCUGCUGCAGCUGCUGCAAAAGCCGUUGCUGAGGCAGAAGCUGCCAUUGCUGAAGCUGAGGCCGCAGCAAGGGAAGCCGAGGAAGCUGAGGCUGAAGCAGAAGCUGCGCGGUGUUUCGCUGAUGCAGCUCAGAAAGCCCUCACUUGCCCGACCGUUCGUGCCUGUUCCGACUGAAGAUCGAUGGCAUGCUAUUAAUAGCCACACCAAACGUGUGGCAGAAGUUCCAUGGCUGCUUUGUCGAAGACCUCCUUUAUUGCCGCCGGGCGUGUAGAUAGGUUUGCAGAGUUGUAAAUCUAUGAAUUUUGUCGAUAUUAAUAGCUUGAUCUGUCGAUGAUCCAAUGUCAAGCAUAUGUAUUUGAACCUAGCUUAGUAUCAGAAGUAUCUGGUUUCCGGCUAAUGACAUUUACAGACAGUUUCAUCUUCGUAA